AUGCGGCUCAUCUUGCUGGGCUGUGGGGGGCACCAGGACGUGCUCGCGGCGGACGCUCGGAGCGAAAUCAACGUCCCGGAGCUGAUCGACGUCGAGAAGAACACGCUGGAGUUCACGCUGCCCAACGGCGUCCACGUGAUCGUGGCGGAGCGGCCCGGGUCCGGCAAGGUGUCCACGCACACCUACGCGAGCGUCGGAGCGUGGGACGAGGAGGUGGGCCGGACAGGGAUCGUGUCUCUCAUCACGCGCAUGUCGUACAGCGGCACGCGCGGCAUCGGCACGGAGUCGUGGGAGCGCGAGGCGCCGCUGCUCGAGGCGCAGGACGAGACGUUCUACGCCUUGCGGACCGCACAGAGGGAGGGUCGCGACAAGGAGGUGCCGGCGCUGCGGGAGCAGCUCAAGGCGCUGCGGGACGAGGCGGCGGAGCUGCAGACGCCGGACGCGUGGCUGGUCGAGCUGGACCGCCUCGGCGUGACGUCCGUGCGCGCGCGGUGCAGCCACGACUGGAUGCGGUGGACGGCGUCGAUGCCCGUCGGCGCGCUUCCUACGUGGUUCGACCUGGAGCGCAAGCGGUUCCGCGACCCCGUGUGGCGCGGAAUCUACGACGCGAAGCAAGCCGUUGCCGCGGAGCGCAGCCAGCUCGAGAAGGGCGCCCCGCUUGGGGAGUUCCAGGAGCGGUUCGCGCACAAAGCUUUUCAGACCAACUACAGGCGUCCGCUGAUCGGCUACAAGGACGACGUGGAGCUGCUAUGGCGGCGGGAGGUGGACUCUUUCUUCCGCAAGAAGGUCGUUCCGAGCGCGGUGACGAUCGCGGUCGUCGGGGACGUCUCCGCGGCGGACGUCGAGCGCAUGGCGGCGCCCACCAUCGGCGAGUGGGUCCCUCGCUCCUCCCCCGUGCGCCCGGCGCCCGAGAACGAGGCGCUCAAGCCGCGGACCGGGCCCCCGGCCCCGAAGGCGGACCCCGCGGCGCCCAUGCCGCUCGACGUCGUCGACGAGAAGGCCCGCGGGUCCAACCUGCGCGACACGAUCAUCAUGCCGGGGCAGAUCGGCGUGGCGCCGCCCCCGCCGAGCAAGUCCGCGACGAACAUCCUGCGGUUCGAGAGCGACGCGGGGCCGCUGCUCCUCGAGGGUUUCUACCGCCCCCCGACGACGGACAAGCAGUCGGUGGCCAUGGACUUCUUGGCCGACAUGCUGGCCGUCGGACAGGAGUCGCGCUUCCACGAGGCGCUGCUGACGUCGGGGAUCGCGUCGCGGCAGGACGUGGUCGCGAGCUUCCCGGGCGUGCAGCGCGACUCGCUGUUCCUGACGCUCGCGGUGCCGGCGCCGGGCAAGUCCUUGGACGAUGUGUCGCGGGCGGUGCGCGGGGCGGUGGACGGCCUCACGCAGGAGGUGACGCCGGAGGAGCUCGAGCGCGUGAAGCGGCGCAUCCGGUCCGCGCAGACCAAGGCCGUGCUCGGCGAUGCGUCGCUGGCGGGGCUCCUGUGCAAGUACCACGCCGUGCAUGGGUCGUGGCGGGCGCUCGGCGAGGACCUGCGGGCGGCGAGUGUCAUGUCGACGGAGGCGGUGCAGAGCGCGGCGCAGACGCUGUUCGUCGCGGAGCGCCGCUUCACGGGGCAGGUGCGGAGACCGAAGCCGAAGAAGGAGAAGGAGGAGAAGAAGGAGGCGGCUGCGGGCACCCCAGAGGACGCGCCGCCAGCACCAGGGCCGGAGGAGGGGUCGGAGCCGCCGGCUGCGCCUUCCCAGGCAUGA